AUGGAGGAUAUCGUCUACAUUAACACCUUGAUCAUACUUGUCAUCGUUCCAUCUAUUCUUGCCCGUCGGAGAGUAGAGUACCUCACUUCAAUGGUACUCAGGAAGAAGGUCCAUUAUUGUACGCCAAAUGAAAUCCGCUCCCUGAUUCAAGCGAAGAUGCUCCCUGGCCGAAAGCCAAACCACCUUGAACCCCCUGAUUCACGAAGCCUGAUGAAUCAGUCCCUAAAACGAACCUUUGGGAUCCAGAACGCAUUUACGACUUCUGACGAAAUCUACGUGGUGCAAGCACUCACACUUCGUGCUAUACUCAAAGUAUUUUUCUUCUUCGACAAAGAAGACGGCCUCCAGGACGUUGAAUUCAAGCAACUUGGAGAACUAGCUCAGGCUAUCAAUGAUGCCUGGAUCAAGUCAAAAUCGGAAAAUAAUUUGCUUGAAUUCAGAGAUAAUAGAUAUUUACGAGAUACACUCACCAAUGUCAUGCCACGUGCAGACAUUCUGGAUCCCCGCAAAAACCCUUUGAACUUCAUUCUGCCUGGAUUUGAGACAAUGUGGCGGGUUGUCUUACGAGGGUUCAUCGAGGUGGCAUACAAGACAGGUAAAGAGCAUCCGAGUUGGAGAAAUGCACUUAUUCUAUACUCUCAAGAACCGACAGCAGAAGUAUUUAAUCGAGCCUAUCCACCAGACGUUGUAUCUGCCAACUUCCUGGUCAAGGAAAUGCUUCGUGUCUAUCCGCCGACGAAACGAAUUUAUCGAGCAUGGAUGGACGGACGUUCCGCUGAACCUUUAAAGCUCGCGGCCGACAUAGAAUCCUGUUAUCUUUCGACAAACAUCUGGGGGCCGACAGCUGAGAUUUGUGAUCCGUUGCGCUGGAAUAAUGUGACAAACGAGCAGCAAGAAGCUUUCCUACCAUUUGGUUCAAAGCCUUUCGAAUGUCCUGCGAAACCAGUAUUUGGACCGCGGCUCAUCGGGCUCUUGGUUGGAAUACUCAUUGCUGCAUUUCCAGAUGGUUGCAAACUGAUAUCGUCUGAUGCAGGAGAGGUUUUUGGACCGGAGCGUCUUAGUAAUAAAAGGUGUAUGGGGAGAAGCUUGAAGUUGAGCAUUCCGUCUAAUUAUGACUCCACCCCAGAGAUCGACAGGAAGUAG